AUGACAGCAGCAGCAGUGUUCGGAUGCACAGGAGCAGUCGGCUCUCAGAUCCUCGCGACGCUCCUCGCAUCGGACGCUUUCUCAUCUGUCGCGACAGUCUCGCGCAAACUCCCAACCGCCGAGUCUCCCAAACUCCAAGCCAUCGAGGAAGGAGACACCUCUAAAUGGGGCACCACAAUCGCCUCUCUAUCCCCCAAGCCAUCCGUAGUCUUCAACGCCGUCGGCACCACCCGAGCGGCCGCCGGCGGCAUCCAGAACCAGUGGAAAAUCGACCACGACCUGUGCAUUGAAAUCGCCAAAGCCGCCAAGGAGGCGGGCGUGAAGACCUACGUCUUUAUCUCGAGUGGCGGGACGAGAGGGUUCCUCUCACGCCAUGUGCCCUAUUCGAAGAUGAAAAUCGGUGUCGAGGAUGCGAUCAAGGAGCUUGGCUUCGAGCAUGCGAUCAUCCUCCGACCGGGGAUGAUUAUCGGGAGAGAGAAAUCCAAAGCGCCUCUCUUUGAGGCUAUUGUUGGGCAUCUUAAUAAACUGGGACAAGGGGUCCAGGACCGCAUAGGUCAGGACCAACUCAUUAUUGGGAGGGCGGCUGUCGCAGCUGCUCGAUUGGCGGAGGACGGCAAAGCGCCGUCGAAAUUUUGGGCGGUUGAGAUGUCUGAUAUUGUUAGGCUUGGGAGGGAUGAGUGGAAGGAGUGA